CCUGUUCUAGGGUAAGGUUGUAUCGGAGGAAAAAAGUUAGGUCAGAUUAGAAGUGACAGUCAAUGUAACAGUACAAAUGCUGGAUCGAUGGCAUUUUCCAGUCAGUGACGACGGUUUCCCCCCUCCCCCCUUUUAUAUUUAGGUUGGCUGGCCUAAGCUGGAAUCAACAUUGUACUACCAGAACCAAGGUCAAUGGUGAAUUUUUGAGGUUCGCUGUGUGACGUUUCUGUCCGAUGAGUGCGUUGAAGGUGACUCGUUCUUAGAGGUUCUACUGUUAAAUUUUUUCAUGAAGAGAAGUGAGAAACCAGACGGAUAUAGACAGAUGCGGCCUAAAACUUUUCCUGCCAGUAACUGUACUGGUAGCAGCCGGCAAAUGUUGCAAGAAAUACGAGAGAGCCUUAGGAAUUUGCCUAAGCCGUCAGAGGCUGCAAAAGCAGAGCAAAGUGUGGUUAAGAUAUCAAGUGAAGAUCCCAGACAAGGUCGAAAUCCCCCAAAAUUUGUCACCUACCAUAAAGCUUUGCAAGAAAUCCGAAAUUCUCUUCUUCCUUUUGCAAAUGAAGCAAGUUCUUCGGUAAGAGGAACUUCGGAAGUCAAUCGACAGAUGCUGCAAGAUCUACAGGCUGCUGGCUUUGAUGAGGAUAUGGUUGUACAAGCCCUAAUGCACACCAAAAGCCGCAGCAUAGAAGCAGCGAUCGAAUUCAUCAGUAAAAUUAGCUACCAAGAUCCUCGGCGGGAACAAAUGGUCGCAGUUGCAGCUAGACCAAUUAAUGCAGGCUCAAAGCAACCAGCAGGGAGUGCACAGCAAUCAGUUAGCCGCAGACAGAGCUGGAAGGGUUCUAAGGAAUCCUUGGCGCCCCAGAGACAUGGACCUGCACUGGGAGAUGGCCUAGCUUUCCACUCAGAAAGCCCUAUGCCUCAGGCUGACGUAGGAAGACCCGUCUCUGGUUCUGGAAUAGCAGCAUUUGCCCCUGUUCAUCCCGGAAAUGGGCAAAGAGUGAAUCCGCUGCCUCCGCCUCAAGUAAGGAGCGUUACGCCACCGCCUCCACCCCCUAGAGGGCAGACGCCACCCCCCAGAGGAACAACUCCUCCCCCUUCUUCCUGGGAAACAAAUUCUCAAACCAAGCGUUAUUCAGGUAGCAUGGAAUAUAUGAUCUCUCGCAUUUCUCCAGUACCUCCAGGAGCGUGGCAGGAUGGCUAUCCCCCACCACCACCCGUGAACCCAUCACCUUUGAAUCCUCCUGCACAGGGACAAAGAGGCAUCAGUUCUGUUCCUGUUGGCAGGCAGCCAAUCAUCAUGCAGAAUUCAGUUAACAGCAAACUUAGUUUUCCCUCCGGCAGGGCUGGAAUACAAAACGGCACUUGUCAGACUGAUUAUAUUGUCCCUCAAAACAUUGUGCCCGGUAACUCGGCAAAUCGUCAAGCACCGCCUCCUUACCCAGUAUCUCCGACUAACCGGCAAAGCCCUACGGCUUUGCAAAUGCAAGCAGGAGGAUCUGUGAUCCCUUCAUCUUUCCCCAACGGCAGCAUUCCACAGUCCGUGAUCGUGCCAAAUAGAAACAGCCACAAUAUGGAGCUGUACAACAUCAACGUGCCCGGAAUUCCGACAUCUUGGCCCCAGUCCUCACCUGGCAACGGACACGAAGUCCCCGCUUGGCAACCAAAUAUUCCAGUGCGGUCUAAUUCCUUCAAUAAUCCGCUUGGAAACAGGCAGAGUCAUACUACCGGUUCACAACCUUCAGCCACCACAGUAACUGCAGUCACUCCCGCUCCUAUCCAGCAGCCAGUAAAAAGCAUGCGUGUCUUGAAACCAGAACUGCAGACAGCCUUAGCUCCUACUCACCCUGCUUGGAUGUCACAGCCGAUGCAAUCAGUCCAGCCUGUCUCCUUUCCCGAGGGGCCGUGUCCCAGUAUGUCUGUCAUGGCACCCGCAGCGGAGGCUCCAAAUUAUCAAGGUCCACCACCCCCGUACCCAAAACAUUUACUGCACCCCAGUCCAACUGUCGCUCCGUAUGAAUCCGUGGCAAAACCUAGCAAAGAGGAUCAGCUCAGUUUGCCUAAGGAAGAAGAGUGUGAAAGGAAUGAGAGCGGUGAGGGAACAGACAGAGACAAGAAGCUAAUCACCACCUCGCCUGUCCCUGUCAGGAAAAACAAGAGAGACGAAGAAAGGAGGGAGUCCCGCAUUCAGAGUUAUUCUCCGCAGGCUUUUAAAUUCUUCAUGGAGCAGCACGUGGAAAACAUACUCAAGUCUCAUCAACAGCGACUGCAUCGUAAGAAACAGCUAGAAAACGAGAUGAUGCGGGUCGGGUUGUCCCCAGAAGCCCAGGAUCAAAUGAGGAAAAUGCUUUGCCAAAAGGAAUCCAACUACAUCCGUCUCAAAAGAGCUAAAAUGGACAAGUCGAUGUUUGUUAAGAUUAAGACCCUUGGAAUCGGGGCCUUUGGAGAAGUCUGCUUAGCCAGGAAGGUGGAUACAAACGCCUUAUACGCAACAAAAACACUGCGCAAAAAGGACGUGCUUCUUCGGAACCAGGUUGCUCACGUUAAAGCUGAACGGGAUAUCCUUGCAGAGGCCGACAACGAGUGGGUAGUUCGUUUGUACUAUUCAUUCCAAGAUAAGGACAAUUUGUACUUCGUAAUGGACUAUAUUCCGGGAGGAGAUAUGAUGAGCCUGUUAAUUCGAAUGGGAGUUUUCCCAGAGAAUAUGGCCUGGUUCUACAUAGCAGAACUGACCUGUGCUGUUGAAAGUGUGCAUAAGAUGGGCUUCAUUCACAGGGACAUAAAACCUGAUAACAUUCUGAUUGAUCGUGAUGGCCACAUCAAAUUAACUGACUUUGGCCUUUGUACUGGCUUUCGAUGGACACACGAUUCCAAAUACUACCAGAGCGGUGACCACCCACGUCAGGACAGCAUGGAUUUCAGUAACGAGUGGGGAGAUCCAGCAAACUGUAGGUGCGGAGACAGGCUCAAGCCGCUUGAACGUCGAGCAGCACGCCAGCACCAGCGCUGUCUGGCACACUCGCUUGUCGGGACUCCCAAUUACAUUGCACCCGAAGUACUGCUACGAACAGGAUAUACGCAGCUGUGCGACUGGUGGAGUGUUGGGGUGAUUCUCUUUGAAAUGUUAGUGGGACAGCCUCCCUUCCUGGCUCAUACACCAUUGGAAACACAGAUGAAGGUCAUCAAUUGGAAGACUUCUCUGCACAUCCCAGUACAAGCCAAACUAACUCCAGAAGCGUCUGACCUGAUUAUUAAGCUUUGCCGAGGGCCAGAAGACCGCUUGGGCAAGAAUGGGGCGGACGAAAUAAAAGCACAUCCUUUUUUUAAGUCUAUUGAUUUUUCGAGUGAUCUGCGGCAGCAGCCAGCUUCUUACAUUCCUAAAAUUACUCAUCCCACAGACACGUCAAAUUUUGAUCCAGUUGACCCAGAUAAAUUAUGGAGUGAAGAUAAGGAAGGGAACCUAAAUGACACGCUCAAUGGGUGGUAUAAAAAUGGUAAACAUCCCGAACAUGCUUUUUAUGAAUUUACAUUUCGAAGGUUUUUCGAUGACAACGGCUACCCUUACAGCUAUCCGAAGCCUAUUGAAUACGAAUAUGGCAAUCCUGGCAAAGUGGAGUCUCAGCUCGAGGAAGAUGAUGAGAGGACCAGCCAAGAGAUCCAGAAUCGUGAUCUAGUUUAUAUUUAGUAGAAUGAGUAGGCACAGAUGAACCACGGUUUGGGAUUUCUCAGAUCUGUGUGGGAAGAAAAGCUGACAUGUGAUCGGCAAUCUGGGUUUUACGGACAUGGGGUCAGCGAAGAAGGGAAAGGGUAUAUGUCGUUGUUGGUUCGCCGGGACCUUUUCUCCCUUUUACAAAGCAGUUAAAUCUUUUUUAAAGCAUUAAUUUAUUCCAGUGUUCUUAAUGAUAAAUAUAGAAAACAAUAAUGUUAGGAAAAUAAAUUAUGAAAGCUU